AUGGGUGUAAAAUUUAACAAGCAAAACUAUUUCAAAGAAAAGAAAAAGGGAAGAAAACAGCUUCAGAAACCAAAUUCAUGUGACCCAGAUGGCAUGGAGAAUUGUCCUUUUUGGAACUAUCCUGGAAAAUUUGGGAAGUAUGGACACAGACCCCAUAAUGUACCUUUUAGCAAAUACCCUGCUGUGAUAAAUGACAUCUCAUUCUGGUUGCCCUCUGAGAAUUAUACAGAAAACGAUUUCUAUGACUUAGUACGAACAAUUGGAGGAGACCUGGUGGAAAAAGUUGAUCUGAUAGACAAGUUUGAACAUCCAAAGACGCACAAGACCAGCCACUGCUACCGCAUCACCUACCGCCACAUGGAGCGGACCCUGUCGCAGAGAGAGGUCGGGUGCGUGCACCAGGCCGUGCAGGAGGCCGUGGUGCGGCUGCUGGGCGUGGAGGGCAGGUUUUGAUGCCACUGCCUGGACCAGGCUGCAGCCUCUCGGGGCUCCAAGGAUUUGCGAGAGAGAAAAGGAUGUUGUUUGUGGACUGGGGCAUCCGUCAUGUUGUGAUAAAUGGGUCAGUGUUAGGACUUCCAGAAAAUAAAGGAUCGCUCUUGAGAAACUGUUGA